UACCAACAUUGGAUUUAAACACUGUGAUUUUUUUCCAACACAACAUUCAUAUCUGUCAGUGUGUGUGUGUGUGUGUGUGUGUGUGUGUGUGCUCCAUUGAAGGCUUGUAUUUUUAGAUUCUCUCAGCUAAAUCGUUUCUCUCUCUCUCUCUCUCUCUCUCUCUCUCUCAACCGCCUCCUACCUCACCCCACCCCAUCCCACACACACAUACACACACACACAGGCACGCGCUGAUGGCUCCUCCCACCCUGCCCCUUCCAUCUCAGCUCGACAUUGGGACAGCGUAGUGAGCGGCGCAGGACCUGGAGCAUCUUCAUAUACACACACAUUCACACACACACACAUACACACACACGCACACACACAUUCACACACGCUUGGCCAUUUUUUCUCUCCAUCUCUUCUUCUGGAGCCUCUUCACCAUGUGAACGUAUCAGUGAUCCUUCGCUUGGACGCAGUGGGAUACAGCAGUACCGUGUGUUUCCUUUUGGAACGUUCCAGCGUGUGCGUGUGUGUUUUUGGAGAGACAUCCUGACGUGUGGAUACUGCAGCACUCUGCUGUGGAGUCGAACCUGGAUGGCAUGAGGACCCAGAUGAGCUCCAGACUCUGAGCUCCCCAUCAUCAUUGCUGCUUUUGCUGCUGCUGAUACUGCCAAGGAUGCUCAUGCCUCGUGAGGGCGGGCGGGAUGAGGCUCAGAAGCUGCACAGAAAAUGGAUGAAACACCAGGCCUUCAUGGCCGAACUGGCUCGCAACAAAGAAUGGCUGGCCAAAAUCGAACAGGAGGGCAAGGAGCUGAUCGAUGAGCAGCCUGAGCUUGGGCCCAUGGUGCACCAGAAGCUGAAAGAGAUGAGGGAAUGCUGGACACAUCUGGAGAGCACCACCAAGGCCAAAGCUCGCCAGCUGUUUGAGACCCAGAACCACAGAACCACAGAUGUUCCACCGCACAGCCUCUUGGAUCUGGACCAGCACCUCAGCAUGCUCCAAGACGAGCCACCACCUUCGUCACACUCCUCACACUCUUCACACACAGCAUACUCCGCACACACCAGCCCCUCGGCCAGUGCCGCCAUCCUGAGCCCUCGAGCUACAUUUAGCCAGCAGCUGCAAAGGAUACAGUCAAUGGAGGCUCAGAUGCAGCUCUAUCCUGGUCUGAUGCAGCUGAAGUCCAACAGUGGACAGAGUGAUGUAGACGGAGGUGACAUGCUGCACCGUGGGCCAAUGGGUUUCGAAGUCCAGGGCUCAGGGGACGUGGCCGAGACGCGAAUUGUGCGUCUGAUUGAACCACUGAAAGAAAGGAGGCGGAUCCUUCUGGCCUCUAAAGAAAUGCACCAAGUCACACAGGACCUGGAAGAUGAGAUCGUGUGGAUUCAGGAGCGAUUACCACUGGUUUCCUCUACUGAAUACGGCACCAAUAUGCAGAGCGUUCAGCAGCUUGUUAAAAACCAUGAGGCAUUGCAGAUGGAAAUGCAGGCCAGAAAAGGGCGUGUCGAGGAGGUGCUGGAGCGAGCCGAGGCAGUUGCCGCCCUUCGCACUCCCGAAGUGGAGAUCAUCAGAGAGGGAGCGAUGCAUGUGAGGCAGCUGUGGGAGGUGCUACAGAUGGAGGGAGAGCGUCGUACCAUGAUGCUGGAUGCAGUAAGCCACGCCCAGCAAUACUACACAGAGGCAGCGAAGGCAGAGUCGUGGCUCAGCGGGCAAAAGCUACAUGUCCUCAAUGAGGAGAACGGCAAUGAUGAAGCGAGCACACUAAGGCUGCUGAAGGAGCAGUUGGCUUUAGAGCAGAAAGUGGAGAAUUACGCAGAGACCGUGGGCUUCCUGUCUCAGCAGUGCCGCCGCAUGCUAGAGCUGGGACAUCCUGACAGUGAGCAGAUCACUAAGCAGCAGGCUCACAUCGACCGGCUCUACGUCUCCCUGAAGGACCUGGUGGAGCAGAAGAAGACCAAGCUGGAGCAGCAGUACUGGCUCUACCAGCUGAAGAAGGAGGUGGAGGCUCUGGAGAAGUGGAUCUCUGAGCGAGAGGCUGUGGCAAGCUCCACUGAGCUCGGAGAGGACCUGGAGCAUGUCACGGCGCUGCAGGAGAGGUUCACAGAGUUCCGGGCAGAAACGAGCACUGUGGGUCAGAGGCAGAUGGACUCAGUGAACAAGAUGGUGAACGAGAUGAUCGACUGUGGUCAUGCAGACGCCGCCACCAUCGCCGAGUGGAAGGACGGCCUGAACGAGUCGUGGGCUGACCUGCAGGAGCUGAUGGAGACCAGAGCACAGAUGCUCGCUGCCUCACACCAGCUCCACAAGUUCUUUACCAACUGCCAGGAGGUGCUGGUGCAGAUUGAAGGGAAGAUGAGACAGUUACCGGAGGUGCGUUCGUGUCAGGUGAGCACCGCCAACCCUGGCACACUACAGAGACUGCUGCACUCCUUUGAACACUCUCUGCAGCUGCUGGUCUCACAGGUGCGCCAGCUACAAGAGAACGCGUCUCAGCUCCGUGCAAUCUACGCUGGAGAGAAGGCCGACACCAUCUUGGUCCGUGAGCAGGAAGUGAUGCGCGCGUGGAAGGAGCUCCUCGUGGCGUGCGAGGGCAGCCGCGUGCAGGUUACCACAGUGACGGACAAAAUCCAGUUCUUUGCCAUGGUGCGUGAGCUCAGCAUGUGGACAGAUGGGAUCAUGGGACAAAUCGGCCCGGUUGAGGACGCACGGGACAUGUCCACUCUGGAGUGCAUGAUCUCCCAGCACCAAAAUCUGAAGAGUAAAAUGGAAAACAAAAGCAAGAGUUUCAUGCAUUGUGUGGAAAUGGGCAAGAUGCUGCUCGCGGCACACAAUCCUGCAGCUGAGGAGGUAAAGGAGAAGUUGGAGUAUGUGAUGGCGAAGCAGAAAGAUCUAAAUGAUAAGUGGGAGCAGCACUGGGAGAAACUCCAACGCAUGCAGAAGCGGUUACAGACUGCACAUACAAGCAAGGCUGAAGGGACGUGGCAUGCCACGAAGGAGUCGCUGAGCAGCGGUGGUGAGGCAGAGGGUGGGGCUGACGAGGUGGAGCAGCUGAUUCGUCGACAUGAAGCGUUCCGUAAGGCGGCAACUACGUGGAAGGAGCACUUCAUCUCUUUACGACAGGCAGAGAAAUUGAAGGAAGAGCAAAGCAAGCAGUCCUCCACCUCAUCUCUCCUCAACAGACAGAUGUUUCCGUUGUCCUGCCUCGUGCCCAGCUCUUCCUCGUCCUCCUCUUCCUCGUCUCUUUUCCGGAGCCCUCUGCAGGACAUGCUUCUUGAGUCCAAAUCUGGUCCAGACCUUACACAUACUCAACAAACUUUUUCCCAGAGGCUCGGAUCUGCGCUGAAUCCCUAUGUUCCUGUCAUGAAUGGCUCCCCCUUCCACAGGCUCAACCAACAAGUCGGGGCACUGGGCACAAACAGCUCCAGUCAAACCGGAUUAAACCAACAGGGUGUUUUGGGGUUGGACAGCUCGAGUUACACUGGCCUAAACCAAGUCGGCAUGUUAGGGACAGACAGCUCGAGCUACACAGGAUUAAACCAACAGGGUGUCACAGGAGCCAAUGGCCUGAACCCCCUCAGUGCUAUGGGUGUGACUGAACCCAAAACCACAUUCGCCUGGCAGCAGCUCAAAGCUGACUUUCAGCCCAGGAUCAACCACAUGCACAAGGCUGUAGGUCCACUGAUGGAGGCCCAGGCUGGGCACCUGGUCCCAGUGGGUGUGCCAAUGGGUACUGAGGCAUCCCUUGAGCUGCUCCACGGACGGCUGCAGAGAGACCCCCGUGGCAGCCGCUCAGACCCGCAGAUGGACCACCUGCGCAGGGAGAGGGAGUACAGGCUCGGGCGUCACACCUCCAGCGAGCAAGAGAUCCAGGCACGGCUAAAUGAACUGCCCAUGAUUGUGCGCCAGGAGAGGCACCAAAGGCGCAAACUAGAGCGCCAGUCAUCCAGCGAGCACGAGGGCAGCGGCAGGCACAGACUUCAGAAACAGGACUCCAGUGACCAGGAGUCUGGGAAAGAAGGGUCAGACAAGAGGCAGGCAGGGGAAAAACGCUCCACCAUGGCUGAGAUUGUUGAACAGGUGCAGGAGAGAGAAGCAUGCUAUGCGAGGGGAGAGGUGUAUCGUCCCCCCAGCAGUCUCUCUGCCCCGGUCUCUCGUCUUGACCGACCUCGAGCUCGUGAUCGUCCAAAACCGCGCAGACGGCCGCGUCCUAAAGAACCCGAGGAGACGCGACGGUCACGGUCAGCGCCAGCUCAGAGUGCGCCAAGCACACCGCAGCCACCCACGCAUACCGUUCACCAGGAGGGCUUCCUGUAUCGCAAACACGAAGAGGAAGGCAAAGAAAAGAGCCCUAACAGCAAGUCAUGGGUGAACCUGUACUGCGUACUCAACAAAGGGGAGAUCGGCUUCUACAAGGAUGCCAGGAACACGACGACCCCGUACAACGACGAGCCGCUCCUCAACCUAGCCAUCUGUACCUUCGACACCACCAAUGGCUACAAGAACAAGAAGAACGUCUUCAUCCUGAGGAGUGAAACCGAUGGGGACUAUAUCUUCCUGGCCAAAGAUGAGGAGGACCUGAAGCGUUGGGUGAACAGCAUAAACGCUAGCCUGAGCGAGAUCGAGGAGAUCGCCAAGUGGGAGAAACCCACCACCUCCUCCACCGACCCUGACAAAUCAGAGCGCAAGGAGCGCUCUGAGGGGGCGGAGCCAUCAGAGAAGUCGGAACGCUCGGAUCGAUCGGACAAGCGAGAGGGGGAGAAAAGCUCCGAAAGCUCCGAAAAGAGGGACACUUUGGAGAGAGCGAGGAUGGAACGAAGAGGGAGGGAGAGAGGAGAGAAGGAAAGAGGGGAGAAGGAGAGGGGAGAAAGAGGAGAGAAAGAAGAGAGAGGAGACAGAGACAAAGAGAGGAAGAGAGAGAGGGAGAGGGAGAGAGAGAAAGAGAGGGAGAGAGGAGAUCGGAGUUCCAGAGGUUCGAGCACCUCGGGGAAAAGUAAAUGAUAGAGUCAACUCAUCAAUCCAUCCAUCCAUCUAUCUUCCCAUAGAUCCACCAAGAGUGGAGGAGAGGAGAAGAACGAGUGCUUUUACUUCUCCCUCACCCCCAUGAUACGCUGGUGGGGUUUUCCUGUCAACACAGCGUCCAAAGAGAGCGUCAGCAAAAGUGUAGGGACGAAUCUUGUCCUAAAAUUAGUAAACAAAGACAAAAAAAAUGUCCCCUAGAUAUCUGAAAAGCCUUUUUAAAGAAAGCAAUAUGAUGUGUGCAGUAGAUGAUUUAAUAUCUGAUUCAUAUUCACCCCCUCUGUGUGUGUGUGUGUGUGUAAAAGCAGGAGAUGAGUGACAAUAGUGUGUGUAUGCCUCUGGGAAAUGUGAAGACACUCAGGACUAGAGAAGACAGGAGAAACACUCACCUGUGGAACCGCACACACUUUAUACGCUCCACCGAUUAGAUCGACGUUGUAACCCCGCUUCAGUUUCCGUACUGAGCCCAUACUAACACAUUCAUUCAGCUCCAGUAAGAGUUUCUAGAUGUAAUCCCUGAAAUAUACAUUUCCUGUACACACUUACUCCAAAAAAAAAAAGUAGUCGAUUGUUCAGGAUAUGUUCAGUGUCUGCAGUUUGCUUCUUCAGGUGUUUGUACCAGAGCUACGAUGCUAACAGAGAUAUCACGUAACAAGAGCUUAAAAUAAAUCACCAGCAAAUCAUCAAAUCAGUGUUUCUCGAAUCCAAGUUCCCAAACCUCAGAAUCUCUAAAUAAAGUCAGCACAUAAACACAUAUAAACUUGAGAAUUUGUACUAGUAAUGUGUGGAAAGUUCAGGAAUAAUAAGCAGCCCGAAGAUUAUAUACAGUACACGUUUACUUCUUAUUUUUCAGUUACUCGUUAAAACCGUGUUCUUUUCCUCUUCAGUGAGUUUAAUAAUCCGAACUUGGAGCUCAGAAGCUUCACGUGACUCCACGAGGAACUUUACCUCGCGUGAACACGGAACACUUCUCUUCCUCGUUAGCCUCGUAUACUAAGGAAGCAAGCGUCACACACUGAACGUGUCUAAGGUGUUAACGGCGAGGAUCAUCGUAUUCGUUAUGAAGCGAAGGUUUAUUUGGAAAUGUUUAAGCGCAAACCAGCAGAGACUAUCACCUCACCUCACACUUUUUAUUCUGUUCAGUCUGCGUCACUUCACCUUCCAGGAGUACGGGCUGCAGUGUGAGUGUGUUUGAAAAGAAUUCGUCCGUGUAAUCUGUAAUCCCGAGGCUUUCGCAGCACAUGAAAUCGAUGGUUAGGAUUUUACUUGAUAUAUCUGAGGAACGCAGAGAGUUCGGUCCCUGACCUCAUCUCUCGCCGCCUUCGUCCUUUUGAUUGUAAAAUGACGAUUAGCUUGAACAGGAGGUGCUGUGUUUGUGACAUUGUUAUGCGAUUAAAGGUUAAACCUUGUAUAUAUCUAUACAUAUCUAUAAAUAUAUUUGUAUGUAUAUAACAGUAAACACAACUUCUACAAGCUACACUGAAUUAAGCCAAACUUUCAUUUACUUUUUAUUAAUCAAUGGAAAUAUAACGAGCUAACAAAGUAUUAAUCGCCUAAAGUGGUUUAGGACUUUAUGACAAAGUGCUAAAUGUGCAUUUACAUAGCCUUUGUAGACCCACGGCGUACACACACACACACACACACAUUUGAGUCGCACUUUCAGGCCAGCCGACUCAGUAAGGCAGAAGAUUCCCACCACACGGCAGCACCGUCACAGAGUGUGUGUGUUUUCGAUGUCUACGCAAAGCGUCUACGCUCUGAAUGUCCGCACGUCGUCACUCUGUGUGUGUGUUUCGAGGUCAAGCUCGACCGUUUUUGUGGUUUUUUUCAGCACCGCAUUUGUCGCUUUUUGGUUCUCCGUCUUCCAAUUUUUUCAUUGUGGAAAAAGUUUUGUACUUUUAAAAUCUUAAAGCCUGAAUGUUACAUCACACUGUCUGUGAUGAGACAAACAACAACAACAAACUCCGCCCAGAUCUGCACUUUCGCUUCCUGAUAGACCUGUACUUCUGCUUUGAGCAUCUUUUAUUUUAUUUAGUCAUGUGCCAUAACAGUUAGCAGUUUUAUAUUUAAUGAACCAUGAAAAAAUCCUAAUGGUUGUGUUACAGUGCUGCUGCAUUUGAGCUGCAUCUGUGAUUUUAUUUAUGCACAAACAUGCACAAGUCCCCAUAUGUGUUUCCUCACUGUAUGGGGUUGCCAAAGUUAUUGUCGGGUUUCUAUUUAGUCACACAGAACGAAGUCUUGCCACAUUUAUCGUUAGCUGAAUAUCAAAUUCCAUUCAGACUAGCAUGCAGCGAACCGCCGAGAAACGCUUGAACGGAGGUCUUCUCAAUUCUGUGCACAUGAGGAACACUGUAAAGCAACACGUUCUGACAACUGGCCUGAGUGACUCCAUCCUAAGGACCAUGAGGUCCGACAUUUCUUCAGUUCUAGUAUGGGGUCAUGUAUGACUCUGCCAUAAACGUGUAUGGAGACAGUAUGAAUCAAUAUAAAGAGAUUAAUGCUAGUGUGAAUGUAGGGUACAGCUUCACACACUGACCAGAUUAACACACUGUUAUCACAUACACAGCUGAUAUGGGGUCAGUUCAUAAAGCUAGCUCUGAGAUGAGCUCUAGUGUGUGUGUAUGUGUGUGUGUGUGUGUGUGUGUGUGUGAGAGAGAGAGAGAGAGAGAGAGAGAGAGAGAAAGAAAUGUAGCACUGAAGGAGAAUCAGUAUGCCACAGAUCUAGGCUCUGGAGAACAGCCCUGUUUCUCCUGCAGAGAGACAGAACAUGUGAGAGACACUGUGGAAGAGGAGAGAGAAAGAGAGAUAGAGAGAGAGGGCAAGAUCUCAAAUCCUGGCAAAGACAGCAGUGUGAAAUGUAGGCCACCUGCUUUACCCAUCACAGCACAUUCAAAAGGUUCCACGUGCAGUCAGUUUGCUUUUCUCAGAGUGCCCUUGAGCGAGGCUUUACCUUUAAGUGCACUCCGAGAACACAAGCGUAAAGAACGUCUCGCGGGUUGUUCGUGAAUUUGACAUUCACGGGUGAGAAAAAGCUAACCGGUCCCCAGAAUAUUUUCUCAGAUAUUUUUAACACAUCAUUUUGUCUGUUUUAAAACAAGAGAUGCUACAGAAUCUGACCUGGACUGUGUCCUUCUCACCUGAUGUUGGGGUCAUCGUUCAAAAAAAAAAAAGCACAAUAUCACAACACCACCUAGAUGAUUUGGAGAUGACUUCUGUCCUGCAGUACCUUGGACCCGCCCCCUGGCCGCCCAGCCAAGCUCCUCGAGAUUUAUAGUUCAACCACAAGAGGGCGGUGAUGCUCACCGAUUCCAGGCUCCAGAACAUUCUAGAGAAACUUUCAUUGGAACGUUCUCUCUGACACACAGAGAGGGGACAGGCAGAAGGUCUCGGUCCGGCACUUUUUCAACUCCGUAUCAUCGCCGAGCUUGACCUCACCGCACUUAUAUGUUUGUAUAUUCUGUUCGCUGCUGUACAACCAGACACGGCCACCACGGGUUUGUUUUUACGUGGCCGAGAUUAUGCGCGUUCCCCCGGACACCAUGGACAAAAGCGGAGAUUGCGGGCACGCGCACCUUUAUCUGAUCGAAAAUAAACCAUUUCUCACAAAGGAACGUAGAAGAAAACCACUAAUACGUUGCAUGAAUGAGAACAUAGUGGAGAUUCCUAUGCAACAGCUGUGCAUGUUUAUCCAAAGGGGCUCAACCCCCAGCAAAAAGGACUGAUGAUGAUGAUUAUGAAGAAGGGUAAUGCAGAUAAUGUGUAUUAACUGAGAUGUGUCAUUAAAACAUUAUGUACCGGUAGUCUGCUGGACUCAUUACAGAGUUGUAUAUAUCA